AUGGGUGUGCAAGGUGUUUUAGAUGAAGGUAUGCAGGGACCCGGGCUCCGAGAUAGAAGACUUUCGAAGAGUUCUUUCAUUAAUCCGGUGGGGGCAAUUAGUGGGAAGAUGUUGAAUCUCCUGGGUCUUUACGGAGUAGUAGUUUCAUUUUGUUCCCAGUGCAUCCUGGUGGUUGUGAGCAACGGCCAGCGGGUGUGUAAGAUUGGUGAGAUUCUUGAGCAAGUAGUAAGAAAGGUCUACGAACGACCGAUUACUUACUUCAUUCCACGUAGAGCCAAGCCAAGGUAA